AACUUGCAUCUCUCAAAUUAACUAACUUUUUCACCUUCAACUUUAAGAAUUUAAGUUAAACUUUCAAUAUCUUUCUAAAUAGUUGUAAACCAGUUCUUUUUCCGGCUAAUAAGAUGAUCAUUUUCCUCAAAUUGAACUUUGUGAUUUACUUUUUGGCAUUGGUUCUUCCGAGUAUCACAUCUGCUUACUGUGACCUUGUCAAUCAAUGCCGCCCUGUGUCCCCGACUGAGUGGGUGGGGCCAUCCCAAUUGGAGGGGGUGUGGCAAGUGGUCAUGUCCUCUGACCCCUCUGAAGACCAGUGCACUUCGCUGGACUUCAAUCAAGUUAACACUAAUGAUAUGAAUGCAGGUCUUAAAUUUGAAGUCAAAUUGGAACAAUCUAAGCCAACUCUUCACGGAAAAAAUAAGCAAUCGCUCGAAACAAUUAAAAGCUUCCCAGAUAGUCCGUUCGGAACUUUCGUUUCAACUCAAGUUCGGAGCUACAAAAAGACAAAAACUCAUAAGAUUGACCCCUCAUUGAAGCGAAACGCAGAGACUCCAUUUCCAAACUUCAUUGUUUUGCACAUGGAUUCAAAUAUCUUGCUCGUUUAUCGUUGCGAUCAAAUAAACUCGACCUCGAAAAAGGAUAAACUCCAGGUUAUGUCACGAGUUGUCGAAGUUUGGGAUGAGGAUGAAGUGAACAAAAUAAUUGAGAGGAAAGGUUUCAUAAAAGACUAUCUUUAUGAAGUACAGCAAACCCAGUGUCGUGGCAGAAAGCUUCGUCGUCAUAUGAACCGAAAUAUGGGUGAAGUUAGACAAUCAAUUAAGAAUUUAAUUAGAUAUAACUACAAUUCUAAUCCUGCUAGUGGCUACGUUCGGAUGAAUAAAGCUGAAACUGACCGCAGAUUGAAAGCAAAUGUUGUUUCUAAUUUACUUCCGGCUACCAAUUUGGGAAUAAAUAACUACAAGCCAGACCAAGAGGUCGUUUAUGGUCUCUGUAUUCAGCUGGCAAUGAAUGUUGCUGAUGUUUACAACUGUCUGAUAGGUUACUAUUCAAAGUUCAACUCAGAUAAUUAG